GCAGACAACGGAGAUUUACGAAAAGGUUGGGAGAGAGUGUGACACUCAGUAGAUACUAGAUAGCGUUUAAGGCGAUAAGCGAGCGGUUAGCAUUUCGAACGUCGAUGGACGAAGAGACCGCUGUUUUCAGUCGUGUGGGGAGUUCCGCAUCCAAGUUGGAACCAAGUUCAGCAGUACACACGUGCUGUGCCAUUGGUGCUGUGAUUGACACUGAUUGUACAAUACCCUUCAGGGGUGGGCGAGUGCAGUUGAUUCAACGGUGCUGUGAUUGACACUUAUUGUACAACAGCCUCGAGGGGUGGUCGAGUGCAGUUGAUUGAGAGUAGCUUCCGUGUUUCGUGUUUUUGUCUUUUUUUAAACUCCAACAGUGAUUCGGGAGUUGGCUGUAUUGCGCGAUGGCGGGAAGCGACGACAGAAGCGGAGAAGGAGCUGGAGCUGGCGAUGCCGCUCGAGGAGAUGCUGGUGUGGCUGGGGCCGGCAGCGUGGGAGGUGCGGUCAUGCCUGAGGGCAGUUUUGGCGUAUCGCCGUUUCCAGUGGCUGGGGGAUUUGGAAUAGAUCCCCUUCUUGGAACUGUAGUUGGACCAGACCAAGCUGUUGUGGACCAAGGUCUGGCAGGUGCAGGCGAUGUUGUUUCAGCACCGGAGUCGCAGCAGGUUUAUACCAGCUACGUCGUGGAGGGCCCUGUUCCUGGAACAGUGGAUAUCGUUGAAGUGACUACAACGACCACCGACCUCAGUGGUGGGGGUAACCUGGGCGGAGGUCAGGCGGCCGACCUGGGCGUUCCCCUGGUCACGACGGUGCAGGCGACGAUUUCGACAAUACCGGUGGAAGAAGAUCUGGUAGGAGAUGAGGAACGAAAGCUCGCUGAGGGGUUAAGGACGGAAGACACACAGAUGGAAGAAGGAGCGGAGCAGAAGGGCGGGACAGAUGAAGCUCAAGGUCCCAUCGUAGUUGAAGUACCAGUCCAAGUGCCAGAUGAAGGUCAAGGUCCCGAAGAAGUACAAAUAUCAGUCGAAGAAAAAGAUAUGGAUGUCAGCGAGGCCUCUGGAGAGGCAUUGAAGGAAGAUGAGGGCAUGAAGAUGAAAACAGAUGUCAAGGAGGAAGUGGAAAACCGCCAGGGCCAACCGAACAUUUAGGGAAAGGAUUCUGCAAGAGAUUACCGAAUAUUUAGGGAAAGGAUUCUGCAAGAGAUUGGUACGUGGUAGCGACGUGAAUCAGGAUGACCGCUAGGGUGAGAGUACAGUGGAGACAAGAUCGUCCCCUGGUCUCGAUCGCGGGUAGGUGGUGGACUUGGAAGCAUUCUCUCUUGCUGUGUGUUGUAAUGAGCGAUGCAAUGACGAAGCUAGGAUAGGGUGUGUUUGUGUUGACGACAACCAACCUGGUAGCGUGUGUUCCACUCAUGUGAACGACGGGCAUCUGACUGUUUUGUAAUGAGCGAUGACGACCAGCUGCGUUGUAGUUAAUGAUGCAUGCGACAAACCUAAGGUCUGGUAGCAUGUGUGUAGUCCGCUCAUGUGAGCGAGGGAGAUCAGCCACUUCGUUAUGAUAUCACAGGAUCAUCACCCGUGGUCUCUUUUGCAAAGGAACGACGACGUCUUUGUGUUCAGUACAAUCUGGUAGCGUCUGUGUAUUCCGCUCGUAUGAACGAGAGCGACCAGCCAUUUCGUCGUGAUAUCCGAGGAUCAUCACCUGGUCUCUUUUGCGAGAAAGAGGGGUUUGUGAGACUGUCUUUCUUUUAAACUGUCAACUGGCAAGGGGAAAGAUCACGAGCUGCUGCGGGAAAAUGGCACAGGCUUGCAUGUAUAUAACUUCGGCGCUGAUAUGUUCGUAAGUCCAUGCUAAACACGGUGCGCACGUGCGGGAGAAGGACACGCGUGACGCGUCAACAUCGGAGAUAUAUCGGUUGACGGUCUGCCGGCCAUUCGGACCCUGGGAGAUGCUCGCCAGCAACGGAGUUGUCGUUGAGGGUUUCGUUUUCUGAAUUUCCAUGCGAAGGAAUCAGGACGGUCGGAUCCGUUACUACCAGGAUGGCCGGAUCCGGUACUAUCGUAAUGGUUUGACUCCGCGGAUGUUGACGUUGGGACUCCCUGGAAACUGACGUUGACUCCCUGGAUGUUGACGGUGACUCGCUGGAACUUGACUGUUGCUGAAGUUGAGUGCAAGGUGAGGUUUGUUUGCUAGAUAUAGUGGUGGUACUUCGCCUUUUGGAAAGAUGUCCUUGAGGAUGCGGAUGCUCGCGGAUGGAACAUCUAUAUGACUUGUAGUACAGUUGCCUUGAAGUGACAUCGUUGUCGCUGUCAUAUGGCAGCUGCACGAGUUUACCAACACAUAUAAAUCUCAAGUGUGAUGUGUUCAUUCCUGGCCGUUCUUCCAUUGGCUUGAUGAAUUUGUACGUGAGUGGUUCAAGGAACGACGUAUACUUUUGGAAGCAUAUUAGGUAAGAAUGAUUGCAUUGAUUGGUAUCAAGAAAAUGUAAAGUAGGUAAAGAAUGAUUCCGUUCCAUUGAUUGGUAUCAAGGAAAUGUUUAGUAUUCAUCUGAGAUUGCUGUCUGGCGUAGAAAGGUAUUUUCGUGAUGGACGGACGGAUGGACAAGGAGUUGGACGGUGGUAAAACUGCUUACUACCCAGAAAUUGUUAUGAACUCAAGAGCCUAGCUCAGUCAGUCGGUGCACUCAUGAACUGUUGAAAAUAUAGACCCGUGUUCGAAUCCAGAUGAUGGAACUUGAUGAGUACACUUGUAAAAAUCAACUAUUUCUGAAUUGCAUCGGGCUCGUCAGCUUAAUGAUGAUAUCUCAAGGCCGUCGCCGUUAAAAAAAAAAAAAAAAAAAAAAAAAAAAAAAACUUGUAGUAAGGACGGGGUAUUUUCGCGAGUAGGAUGAGGCACAACGGAUAAGGAUUUGUAUGGGAGUUAGGCUCCACCUCCAGGUAUGAUGGGCUCGCGGAGUUGGGUUUGGGGAGGUAGUAUGUAUCAUAACCGCGGGCUUGUGAGAUAGAGAACCUCUGAUAGAGCCUUUUUACGACGUGAGUUCGUUUCGGGAAAGAAGAGACGUCAGCUCGUUCCGGGAUAACGUUUUGGCCUCUCUUGCGGAUCUUCAGGGCGAAG